AUGCAGGAGCUACGCCACAGAGUCCAGAACCUAGAGCGACAGCUGGCCGACCGGGAGCGGGAGGAACGGUUUACCGAUCCCAGUUAUACCCCGUCUCCCGGGAGCGAGGAGGAAGACUCCCACAGGAGCCGCCCGCGGCGUACAUCCGCAUCCCGGACGGAGGCGGAGAGCUCGCGGGAGGAGUCACCCGUGAGAAGAAGACGAAAUGACACGAUCAUCUACUCCCGCGGCAGACCAACCCGUCGAGCGGCGGGAGGUCGUGAAGGCGGAGAAGGGAGAUCUGAGAGAACACGACAACCUGUGAUAAUGGGCGUCACCCCGUUCCACCGAUCUAUCUUCGAGGUCCGGUUGCCGAAACACUUCGACAAACCAACGGACAUGAGGUACGACGGAACUCAAGACCCCCUUGAACACCUCACGGCCUUUGAGGCCAGGAUGAAUCUAGAGGGAGUAGGGGACGAAGUAAGAUGCCGCGCCUUCCCGGUAACCCUAACAGGGCCAGCGAUCAGAUGGUUUAACGGCCUCCCUCAAGGUUCCAUCUACAAUUUCGCAGACAUCAGCCGUGCAUUCCUGGCCCAAUUUACAACGCGGAUAGCAAAAGCCAAGCACCCUAUCAACCUUCUAGGGGUAACCCAGAGACAAGGAGAACCGACCAGGAGAUACUUAGAUCGGUUCAACGACGAAUGUCUGGAAAUCGACGGCUUAACCGACUCGGUGGCCAGUCUCUGCCUAACAAACGGCCUCCUCAACGAGAACUUCCGAAAACACCUUACCACGAAACCGGUUUGGACAAUGCAUGAAAUCCAGACGGUGGCCAAGGAGUACAUAAACGAUGAGGAAGUCAGCCGAGUCGUGGCUGCCAAUAAGCGGCAGUCCGGCUAUAGCCAGGCUCGGCAACCCGGUGACGGAGAGAGAACAAAAGAAAAAUCCAGGGAGGAGGCAUCAAACAAAGCACCUAGACCGUUCCCUCGGGUCGGGAAGUUUACUAACUACACUCCACUCACUCUCCCCAUCGUGGAAGUCUACCAGCAAAUAGCAGAGAAGGGAAUUCUUCCGAAGCCCCGACCACUUAAGGACCGAACGGGAGGAAACAAGAACCUUUAUUGUGAUUACCACAAGGGUUAUGGCCAUCAAACGGAGUCGAAGAGACGUUAUCGCGAUCAAGACGAGGAAGGCAAAGCCCGUUCGGCUAAGCGGCGACAAGAACCCGAAGACAGAGACCACGGCCUCACUGUGAUAAACGUGGUAACGGCAAAAAACGCCGCGCCAAAAUCCCGAUCGGCACACAAGAAAGACGCUAAGGUCCUGACGAUCUCAUCCCCGCCGGUGCAAGGCUCUAAGAAACCUCCAUCCAUUUCUUUCGGCCCGGAAGACCAAUGGUUCAGCGACGCCCCGGAAAACCCCCCCAUGGUCAUAACGGCCAGAGUGGGAACCGGCCUCGUCAAACGGAUCCUCGUCGACACAGGAGCUGAUUCAAAUAUCAUGUUCCGCAACGUGUUCGACGCACUAGGGCUAAAGGAUGCCGACCUGACGACUCACCAACACGGGGUUAUCGGGCUAGGCGAUCACUUCAUCAAACCGGACGGAGUCAUAUCCCUACCAAUCUCGGUGGGGCAAAUCCAAGGCCGAAGAUCGGCGAUGGCCGAGUUCGUAAUCCUCCGAGAUUCCACAGCCUACAACAUCAUCUUGGGAAGAAAAACAAUCAACGAUUUUGAAGCCAUAAUCAACACCAAGCUGCUAGUUAUGAAGUUCGUUACCGAUGACGGAUCCAUAGGCACCAUAAGGGGAGACCUCGAGACGGCGGUCGCUUGUGACAACGUCAGCCUUUCCCUUCGAAAGAAGUCCAAGGAAGCAUCCGGCGUGUUCCUAGCCGACCUUGAUGCCAGAGUAGAGGACAAGCCGAGGCCAGAACCAGAAGGGGACCUGGAGAAGUUUAGAAUCGGUGACGAAGAGGAAAAGUUCACAUUCGUUAACAAGAACCUCCCACAUGAGCUGAAGGAACCUUUGAUUGAAAUGAUAAGGGCCAACAGGGACUUGUUCGCCUGGACACCAGCCGACAUGCCGGGCAUAGAUCCAAAAAUCAUCUCACAUCAUCUAGCCGUCAAGGCGGAAGCACGCCCAGUGGCUCAACGAAGGAGAAAGAUGUCGGCGGAAAGAGCAGAGGAGGUAGCCAAGCAAACGGCCAGCCUCCUAGAAGCAGGCUUCAUACGGGAAGUGGACUACUCGACAUGGCUCUCGAAUGUGGUAUUGGUGAGAAAACACAACGGCAAGUGGAGAAUGUGCGUGGACUACUCUGACCUUAACAAAGCAUGCCCCAAAGAUUGCUUCCCCCUCCCCAACAUAGAUGCACUCGUCGACGCCGCGGCGGGAUACCGGUAUCUAAGUUUCAUGGACGCCUACUCCGGUUACAAUCAGAUACCGAUGCACCGUUCCGACGAAGACAAGACGGCGUUCAUAACGCCAGGAGGAACUUUUUGCUAUAAGGUAAUGCCAUUCGGCUUGAAAAAUGCGGGGGCAACAUAUCAAAGGCUGAUGAACAGGAUAUUCCACGACCUCAUAGGGAAAACAGUUGAAGUUUACGUGGACGACAUCCUGGCAAAAACAACACGACCUGACGACCUCUUGAACGACCUGGCAAGUGUAUUUGCGUCCCUCCGUCAACACGGUAUGAGGCUGAACCCCCUCAAGUGCGCCUUCGCCAUGGAAGCCGGCAAGUUCCUGGGAUUUAUGAUAACUCAGAGAGGGGUAGAAGCUAACCCGGAGAAAUGCCAGGCAAUACUCCAGAUGAAGAGCCCGGGUUGCAUCAAGGACGUCCAGAGGUUGGCAGGACGGUUGACCUCACUAUCCCGAUUUCUCGGAGCUUCGGCGACAAAGGCCCUGCCAUUCUUUAACCUCAUGAAGAAAGGGAUGGCGUUUGAGUGGACACCCGCAUGUGAAGAAGCCUUUCAACACUUCAAGGAAAUCCUGGCGGCACCUCCCGUUCUCGGGAAGCCAAAGGACGGGGAACCACUAUACCUAUACCUCGCUAUAACAAGCGAAGCCCUGGCCGCAGUUCUGGUACGGGAGGACGGGAAAGCUCAACAGCCAGUCUAUUUCAUAAGCAGGGCCCUGCAAGGGGCAGAAUUAAGAUAUAGCAAGUUGGAAAAGCUAGCCUUAGCACUCCUAACUUCCUCGAGAAGGUUAAAACAGUACUUCCAAAGUCACCAAGUUGUCGUCAGAACGGACCAAGGGAUCCGGCAAGUUCUCCAAAAACCCGAUCUGGCGGGAAGAAUGAUGACUUGGUCCAUCGAACUCUCCCAAUAUGACAUACGGUACGAGCCCCGGCAAGCCAUCAAGGCGCAGGCCAUGGCGGAUUUUUUAGUUGAAGUAACGGGAGACCCAAGCGAAGACGUGGGUACACGGUGGAAGCUCCAUGUGGACGGAGCCUCCAACCAGACCUUUGGAGGUGCCGGGAUCAUCCUGGAAAGCCCGAUUGGGAUUGUAUACGAACAGUCGGUCAGAUUCGAGUUUCCCAUCUCGAACAACCAGGCAGAAUAUGAAGCCCUUAUAGGAGGCUUAACCCUAGCGGCAGAAGUCGGCGCGAGAAGACUGGAAAUAUGCAGUGACUCCCAAGUCGUCACUUCCCAAGUAAACGGUAGCUACCAAGCCAAAGACCCCUUGCUUCAGAAGUACCUGGAAAAGGUUAAAAGCUUGAGCCAAAAGUUCGAAGAGGUCACGGUCCACCACGUACCUAGAGAAAGGAACACACGGGCAGACCUCCUAUCAAAGUUGGCCAGCACAAAGCCAGGGGAAGGGAACCGGUCUCUCAUCCAAGGCAUGGCAAGAGAACCAGCAAUCACUUUGCACAUGACAACCCUAGGUCUUUCCUGGCUAGACCCCAUCACCAACUUCCUAGAACACGGCAAACUCCCUAAUGAUGAAAAGGAUGCGGCGAAAUUGAGGAGGGAAGCGGCCAAAUACGCCGUCAUCCAAGGACAGCUGUUCAGGAAGGGGCUCAACCAGCCCCUACUGAAGUGCCUACGCCCCGAUCAGACGGACUACGUCCUCAGAGAAGUCCAUGAGGGCUGCUGUGGACACCAUAUCGGAGGUAAGGCCUUAGCGAGGAAACUAAUCCGAGCCGGAUAUUACUGGCCGUCGAUGAUGACGGAUUCCAAGGAGUUUGUCAAAAAAUGCGUAAAGUGCCAACAGAACGCCAACUUUGCCAAGGCACCGGCCUCCGAGCUAAGCUUGCUAACGACCUCUCGACCAUUUUCUCAAUGGGGAGUCGACCUCUUAGGGCCCUUCCCAGUCGGCCCUGGGCAAGUCAAGUACCUCAUAGUCGCAAUUGACUACUACACCAAAUGGAUAGAAGCCGAGCCACUGGCUACCAUAUCCUCGUCCAAUUGCCGGAAAUUCAUGUGGAGGCAGGUGAUAACGCGAUUCGGGAUACCGGAAGUCGUCAUAUCAGACAACGGCACGCAGUUUACUGACAAGAAGUUCACGGAGUUUCUCGACGGCCUGGGUAUAAGGCAAAGGUUCUCUUCGGUAGAACACCCUCAGACAAACGGACAAGUAGAGUCCGCCAAUAAGGUCAUCCUUUCGGGGCUAAAAAAGAGGUUGGACAAUAAAAAGGGCGCUUGGGCCGACGAACUCGCAGCGGUCCUCUGGUCCUACCGAACAACCGAACAAUCCUCCACUAAGGAAACUCCUUUCCGACUAACGUACGGGGUAGACGCAGUAAUACCCGUAGAAAUCGGAGAGCCGAGCCCGCGGUUGCUUUUGAAAGGAGUGGAGGAAGCCAUAGAAAAAGACCUGAUAGAUGAAACCAGGAAAAUGGCCCAUCUGACGGAAACGGCGCUAAAACAAAGAAUGGCUCUGCGCUACAACACCAAAGUGAUCAAGAGGGAAUUUGAGCCAAACAACCUCGUCUUGAGGCGAAAUGAUAUCGGCCUACCGACCCCCGGAGAAGGCAAGCUAGCGGCGAACUGGGAAGGCCCCUACAGAAUCAAAAAGGUGAUGGGAAAAGGAGCAUUCAAGUUGGAAAGGCUUGACGGCAAAGAAGUCCCGAGAACAUGGAACGCGGACAACCUAAGAAGAUUCUACUCCUAGAGAAUGGCCCGACAAGCCGACCAGGCUAGCUAAGUAGUUAAUUUGCAAAUUUAACUUUUGAACUUCUCAUAGCGACUUACGAGUCCUUUAUGCAACUACCGAAUAAGAUAUACUUGUGCAAAUUUUCUCUCCUAUUUUGUCACUCAAUUUUUCAGAUAAACCACCACGUCCAACGACGACGCGCGUCCCCGGGACUGAUCACCCCGGGAACCCGUCAACCACAAUCGUAACGACUACGCGAAAGGCCAUGGGCCAUUGAUAUAAGUGACGACAAUAAACCAAAAACGGUUAAUAGAAACGGAAAUACAACCAGACGAAUAAGGAGAAGUUUAUCACGACAACUUGGGCAAACGAUUAAAACGGUCACUGAUCACAAGCCAAAAUAAAACGGCUAAC